AUGUCGACUCCGGCGGCACCACCAGCAGCAGUGGAAGAUGCCUCUACCUCGCCACCCCUACCCAGGAAAUCGGACAUCUCUGAGGCAUCUGCUUUGGCUGCUCAGUUCGUUAUAAAGCACCAAGAGGCGGCUAAGAAGGCCGCCGCUCAGUCCACUACAGCCGAGACCAACAAUGCAUCUACUACCAGUGUUGGCAACACCGCAGCUGUGGCGCCUCCUUCUACAGAGUCCCCUUCAUCGGGUGCUGUCGAGUCUGGUGAGCUCCUGGAUAGUGAACUGUCGUCCUUUGUUGGACGAGUAGCUUUAACCGAGGAAGAUCACCACGUGCAUAAUCAUAUACUAGGAUCGAUCCUCUCAGUAGCACGAAGCCAUCUAGAUAUUGAGGCCACUAUUGAGACCUUCGGGUCGGCAGCUAGCGGGCUUUCUGAGAAAAGCAGUGACAUUGAUGCGACGAUUAUAUGCCGAUUUUCGGCCUUGAAAAAACGCUUUGCUGCAGCGGUUGACGAGAAAAGUCUAUGUUCAGCAGCUGUCCUGGGUUUGGGUAAAGCGAUUAGUAAAUUCGAGAAGGAAGCCCCGGGUGUAGGCCUGAGAGUCGUGCAGGUGCUAUGGGAUGAAGACCCCUAA